UGUUUUCUGCCGGGGUGUCUCUUCAGUCUGAUGUUCGGACGCCCUCCGCGCUGCUGAGCGGCGCCACGAUGCGGUGCCACAAGUUCUGGGAACCGCGUUCGGUCGGAUUUUACAUUUGGACCGUCAUCCUCAUCAAAGCGUCUCUGCAAGGGGAGCACCAGAGGAGGCUGUACAAGGAGCUGCUGGCAAAUUACAACCGCCUAGAGAGACCAGUCAUCAACGAUUCAGCCGCCAUCCAGGUGGAACUGGGCCUCACCCUGCUGCAGAUCAUAGAUGUGGAUGAGAAGAACCAAGUGCUGAUGACCAACGCCUGGCUGCAGCUGUACUGGACUGAUGUCUACCUGAGCUGGAAUCCAGAAAAUUACCCUGGUGUGCAGAACCUACGGUUCCCUUCAGACCAGAUUUGGACCCCUGACAUCCUCCUGUACAACAGUGCUGAUGAGCGCUUUGAUGCCACCUUCCACACCAACGUGCUGGUGAAUGCUUCAGGUCACUGCCAAUACAUCCCACCUGGCAUCUUGAAGAGCACCUGCUACAUCGAUGUGCGCUGGUUUCCUUUUGAUGUGCAGAAGUGUAACCUGAAGUUUGGCUCGUGGACACAUAACGGGUGGCUGCUGGACCUCCAGAUGCUGGAUGUGGACACAUCCACAUAUAUACCCAACGGGGAGUGGGACCUUGUAGGUGUGCCGGCGAAACGUAACGAGCUGUACUACGAGUGCUGUAAGGAGCCCUAUCCUGAUGUAACGUUCACAGUCACCAUGCGGCGUAGAACUUUAUAUUAUGGACUCAAUCUGCUCAUCCCCUGUGUGCUGAUCUCCGGCUUGGCUCUGCUGGUCUUCUUGCUUCCUGCAGACUCCGGGGAAAAGAUCUCUCUGGGAAUCACUGUGCUCCUGUCACUAACUGUCUUCAUGCUGCUGGUAGCGGAGAUCAUGCCUGCUACUUCUGAUUCCGUUCCUCUCAUUGCCCAGUACUUUGCCAGUACCAUGAUGAUCGUGGGGAUGUCUGUGGUGGUGACUGUUAUAGUUCUGCAAUUUCACCAUCAUGACCCCCAUGGAGGCAAGAUGCCCAAGUGGGUUCGAGUGUUUCUGCUGAAUUGGUGUGCCUGGUUUCUUCGCAUGAAGCAACCUGGUGAUGAGCGGAAGCGAGCCGGGCACAAGUACCGCCACGCAACCCAACACCACACCAGCACUAGCUCCAUUGAGAUGGGUGUUGUACCGAGCCUCAGUGUGCCCCUUUCACAAACCUCCUGCCCCACUGGCACCUCAAAUGGCUCCAUGAACCUCUACUAUGGCAGCUACCACCUCAUAGAGAGCUCACACUGCCCGCCUUCGAGUGAAUCUGGUGUAGUGCUCGGGGGACGUGCCCACAGUUCCCCCAGUGAUGAAGCUGAUGCAUCUGGAGAAGGAUUUGGCAGUGGAGUUGGAGGUCUUGGAAUCGGAGUUGGGAGUAUGAUGGGAGUCACCAUCCCUCCCCCAGAGAUCCAGCGCAUUUUGGAGGAGGUCUCCUAUAUAGCUCAGAGGUUUCGAGACCAGGAUGAAGCUGAGGCCAUCUGCAGUGAGUGGAAGUUUGCAGCAGCUGUAGUGGACCGGCUCUGUUUGGUGGCCUUUUCUCUCUUCUCUAUUAUUUGUACCUUCACUAUUCUCAUGUCAGCACCCAACUUCAUAGAAGCUGUUUCCAAAGACUUCACAUAGCUGGUUGUAGAUAAGUGAGUAACAGAGGG